AUGGCUGAUUCUGCCGAUCUCCCUGACCGCAAACCCCGCAAGUCGGUCCAAUUUUCCGAAGGUGCUACGAUUGUCGACAGCAACGGCGACGUUACCGAAUCACUAGAGAUGAACGGCGACAAGGACUCCGCUGAGGGCCACGCCGCGAGUGCUGGCGACGACAAAGAGGUCGAGGAGGUCACCGACAUGUUCGCUGAUCUCGCAAAGAAGAAGAAGAAGAAGUCCUCCAAGAAGAAGGAAGGCGAGGAAGAGGACGGCGUAGAGGGCGACUUCGCCGCGCUGAAGAAGAAGAAGAAGUCCAGCAAGAAGAAAGUCGAGGACGACUUCGAGGCCAAGCUCGCUGCUGCCGGCGGCGACAAGCCCGAAGGCGAGGAGGAGGUCGCUGCUCCCGAGCCCGAAGUACAAGAAGGCGACAUGAUGAAGGGCACCGGCAUCUGGGAACACAACUCGACGACCCCCAUCUCGUACAACCUCCUCCUGAACCGCUUCUUCACGCUCCUCCACGCACAACAUCCCGACCUCGCCAGCUCGGGCACAAAGAGCUACAAGAUCCCGCCCCCACAGUGCAUGCGCGAAGGAAACAAGAAGACCGUCUUCGCCAACCUUGCCGAGAUUUGCAAGCGUAUGAAGCGUUCCGACGAGCACGUUGCUCAGUUCCUGUUCGCUGAAUUGGGUACGAGCGGUUCAUUCGCCGACCAGAAGCGCCUGGUCAUCAAGGGUCGUUUCCAGCAGAAGCAACUCGAGAACGUCCUCCGACGAUACAUUGUCGAAUACGUUACCUGCAAGACCUGCCGUUCGCCCGACACCGACCUCUCCAAGGGUGAGAACCGUCUCAACUUCGUCACCUGCAACAGCUGCGGAUCGAGACGUUCGGUACAGGCCAUCAAGACUGGUUUCUCGGCCCAGAUCGGAAAGAGGCGGAGAAUGGUGGGUUAG